AUGGGGGCGGCUGUAACCAGUACUGCUCUCUACCUGAGAGCCUCUCUCCUAGUGCUCGGUCUGGAAGUACUUCUGGUCCUAGCCAACUGCCUCGACUUGUCCCUUGUGCUUCCCCCAGGGUCGGCUGAGCGAGUGAUCCCCAAGGAAAUAAGUCCCCCGAAGUGGGGCCCGAAGGUGUCUGGGCAACUCUCCUACAGUCUGUACAUCACAGGCAAGAAGCACGUCUUGCACCUACUCCCGAAGAAGCUGCUGCUACCCCGGCACCUGCCCGUGUCCAUCUACACCACCCAGGGAGUUUUGCUGGAGGAAGAUCCCUUUAUCCGGAACGACUGUUACUACAAUGGCUAUUUGGAGGGGGCCCUUAAGUCCAUGGCGGUCCUCAGCACCUGCUUGGGGGGGCUCUGGGGAAUGCUCCAGGUGAACGAGAAAUACUAUCAAAUCCAGCCCAACCGGGCUUCCUCCACCUUUGAGCAUCAUCUCUACCGAGUAGCAAACCUAGGCACUAAUAACCUGACCCGUGCUUUAGCCAGGGAGGAGCUAGAUAAGAACUUCUUUCAGGCUUACUGGGCCACAGCAUCCGAACACAGGUCCUCUUUCGAUGAUGGCCAAUUGCACAGGCAGUAUGUGGAGGUGGGAGUUGUAGUGCGCAAUUCAAGGUACAAAUCCCUGACCGACAACCUAACUAUGGUGCUACAGGACAUGCUGUUCACUCUCAACCUGGUGGACUCGCUAUUUAUGCAGAUCAAGGCACACGUGUCUUUGUCUUCUUUGGAAUUCUGGACAAACCCUAGCCCUAAGAAUAUAAUCAAGAAGCUGGGAAGUAUUCUUAAUAGUUCUGACAGUUUGGAAAGCAAGAGCCCUGAGGAGCAGCAAUUUUGUGAUUUUCUGCAUCUCUUCCAGGAGCAUAGUUUCGACCCUAUCUUUGGAAUAGACUGGAGGUCCACACUAUGCAACCUUUCUCCUGGGGUGGCCAUUAAGACUAAUCUUAGAUUCCUGAUCAUUUUCUCUGUUCUUGUUUCUCGUGAAAUGGGGCAUAAUUUAGGCAAGCCCAGGGUUAAGAAAAACUUGCAAGGUCAAAAGAAACCCUUCCUCUUGGGGAGUAGGACCCAAACCUCCGGGUCCUCCAAAAGCAGCUGUACUUUUAAUGGUCAUCUGGCUUCAAUGGGCAGUCGGACCAGCUGUCUCAGUGGCACAUCUAUGGUGAGGAUGGAAAAACAGAAAUGUGGAAACAAAGUCGUGGAAAAAGGAGAGGAAUGUGACUGUGGCUCUAAGGCACAAUGCAGAAAUAAUCCCUGUUGCCAGCAAGGCUGUAUUCUGUCCAAGGGGGCCGAAUGUAGCACUGGCCUUUGCUGUAAAGAUUGUAAAAUUCUUCCGGCUGGAAGGGUGUGUCGAGGACAGGCCAAUGAGUGUGACCUCCCAGAGUUCUGCAAUGGAACUUCAGGGUUUUGCCCAGAUGACAUAUACAAACAAGAUGGCAUACCUUGUAGUGGGAAAGGAUAUUGUUACAAGAAAAGGUGUGGAAGUCAUCUUCGGCAGUGUCAAGCUCUUUUUGGUCAACAAGCUGAGAAUGCCCCCUCCAAAUGUUAUCAGGAAGUAAAUAGUCGAGGCGAUAGGUUUGGUAACUGUGGACCUGGGCAAGUGUCCUUUUUCAAAAGCUGUGACACCCAGAAUAUCUUAUGUGGAAGAGUGCAGUGUGUCAAUAUUGACACCAUUCCUCGGGUACCUAAAUAUUACACCCUGAUUCAGACUUACUUAAAAGAACCACUUGCAAAGGAAGGAGUCUUGUGUUGGGGAACAGCUUUUAACAAGACUGCAAAAAAGAAGGGUUUAACUGAUCUUGGAGCUGUGGAAGAUGGCAGCUCUUGCGGGGAAAAAAUGAUAUGUGUUAACAAGACCUGCCUCAAUAUCUCUAGCAUCCAGCAGGAGUGUAUUCCGGAGCAGUGCAACUAUCGAGGUGUGUGCAACAACAGAGGGAAUUGCCACUGUGAUCUUGGAUGGGCCCCUCCUUUCUGUCAGAAUCCUGGCUAUGGAGGAAGCAAUGAUAGUGGACCAUUAGUAGAUCCUGGGAGUGAGACUAACCCAAGUUUCCUAUCCUGGAGGACUUAUUUAAUUCGAGGUAGCAUUUGCUCAAGUUUUGUAAUGCUUAAGUGGGCUGUGAUAAUGUUGUAUAAAAAGAGAAAGUAG